GAGUAGGCUUUGUCAUAAAUGCUCUGAACUCUGCGUGUUUGGAUUAGGCAUUUCGGUACACGGAUCCCCUAGUCAUCAGAAUGGCUUCCGCUUUGAGCGCAACCUCCGUAUCCGCAGCAUUGCUUCAGAAACCUUUCAGUGGCUCAACAGUCAAGCUCUGCUCUCCAUCUGUUGUUGUGGGUCUGCCGGCCUUAAAAGCGCCCAAAAUUACCUGCUCUGCUAGCAAGGCGGUUAAGGAGGAGAAGAAGACUCUUUUGAGCAAUGGAAACUUUGGCCUGAGUGCUGCAGCUAUGAGCGCGCUUAUUUCAAGCCCUGCACUUGCACUGGUAGACGAGAGACUGAGCACUGAAGGAACAGGACUUAGUUUGGGAUUGAGCAACCCCACUCUGGGAUGGAUUUUAGUAGGGGUCUUCACUCUUAUCUGGAGUCUGUACUUUAUCUACACUACAACUCUUGAUGAAGACGAGGAGUCUGGUGGCCUUUCUCUCUAAAUAAAUCUUCAUCCUAUGGGUAUGCUCAAAUUUGUUUUGUAUUUAUCUCUAGGUGUAACUUGUAAAUCUAAUACAUUUGGAGUAAUCCUAUGCAGCCUUCAUUAAUUAUUUCCAUCGGCCGUGAGCUUAAAUAUUCUCCUCCUUUCUAGCCUCGAGACUAAUCACAAUUAGUGCGAGGACAAUUUAGUGAGGAUUGGUGUGGAGGAAAAAUUUUAAUUUCCACUUUAAAAAAUAUAUAUGUUAUUCCUUCCUGCUGUAAAUCUUUGGGUGAGGUCACAUGGCUACCUUUAACACUGUGAGGGGCAUGUUUGCAUCACAUUCUUAAGAUUGUUGGAACAUUGCUACACCUCGUCUAAUAACUAGACCUCACCAUAUCCCCCUUGAAGAUACGAGUCAGCUUGUUAUAGUACAGGAGGGUUUAGUAAGUGUCUCCAUUACCAUUACACUACAACCUGUAGAUAAUUUGAUUCCACUUUUUUGGUUGAAUGUUUUAUAAAUCCUCAUCUUUGAUGAAUAUUAUUGAAUGCAAUCUAAUGCAACCAGCGUAUUUUGUACUUA